CUAGACAACAUGCCCUUGCGAAGUUCUGGCAAGUUGAGCAUGGAGACCAGAAAAGACGACGGUGAGAGCACGGCACCUGCCCCUCCACAGAAGAAGUUGUCCUGUCAGUGCCACCAUCACUGUCCUGAGGACUCAGUCAACAGCACCUGCAGCACUGAUGGCUACUGCUUCACCAUAAUAGAAGAAGAUGAGUCUGGUGGACAUUUAGUCACCAAGGGAUGUCUUGGAUUAGAGGGCUCAGACUUCCAGUGUCGGGACACUCCUAUUCCACACCAAAGAAGAUCUAUUGAAUGUUGUACAGGACAAGAUUACUGUAACAAACACCUUCACCCUACACUGCCACCACUGAAAAAUCGAGAUUUUGCUGAAGGAAACAUUCACCAUAAGGCCCUGCUGAUCUCCGUGACUGUUUGCAGUAUACUUCUGGUGCUUAUCAUCAUAUUCUGCUACUUCAGAUACAGGCGCCAAGAGACGAGGCCCCGGUACAGCAUCGGGCUGGAGCAGGAUGAGACCUACAUUCCUCCUGGAGAGUCCCUGAAGGAUUUGAUCGAGCAGUCCCAGAGCUCAGGGAGCGGCUCCGGGCUCCCUCUCCUGGUUCAAAGGACCAUCGCAAAACAGAUUCAGAUGGUAAAACAGAUUGGAAAAGGUCGCUACGGAGAAGUCUGGAUGGGAAAGUGGCGUGGUGAAAAGGUAGCCGUGAAAGUGUUUUUUACCACGGAGGAGGCCAGCUGGUUCAGAGAAACAGAAAUCUACCAGACCGUCCUGAUGAGGCAUGAAAAUAUUCUUGGAUUCAUUGCUGCAGACAUUAAAGGUACAGGAUCUUGGACCCAGUUGUAUCUCAUCACUGACUACCAUGAGAACGGCUCACUUUAUGAUUACUUAAAAUCUACUACCUUGGACACAAAAGCCAUGCUAAAACUGGCUUACUCCUCUGUUAGUGGCUUGUGCCACCUGCACACUGAGAUCUUCAGUACUCAGGGCAAACCCGCUAUUGCCCACCGUGACCUCAAAAGUAAGAAUAUCCUGGUGAAAAAGAACGGCACGUGCUGUAUAGCAGAUUUGGGCUUGGCUGUUAAAUUUAUCAGGUGAGUAGAAGUGAG